AUGGAGCACACCGGUUCGCCACCAAUCACCAAUAAUGACUUACAAACUUUGAUUGCUUCGAUUCCAAGAGAUUUGAGUAUCACUUCAGGAUCUGUGACUACGGUGAGUCAUAUAUUUUUUCUUAAAAAUUUUGAAUGUUUUCCGGAAAUGUGCUCUAAUUCUCAAAUCCUAAAUAGAGGUCAUAUGUCCAAUAUUUCAUUUUAAAAAAGUCUGAAAUUUAAUUUAGUGUUUAACAAAAACAUUCACCUCAUUCCGAUCUUUGGAAAACUUUCAAAUAAAAUAGUGCACUUUCUUGCACUAACUUAAAUUUUUCGAAAAAAAAUUUCAUAAGAUGUCCUUGAGUACUCCGAACUUCGGAGAUUUUUAGUGCUUUACUGACAGCUGAGCUUUUUUGUUGAAUAAUUGGAAUUUGUUAAUUUUCAGAGCAAAACGCCAUCUUCAGUCGGUGAUUUGUCAGCAACAUCUUCAAAUUCGUGUAUUUUUCCGCCUGUCAAUGAUAUGGCAGCACUCACUUCAAUGUUUACACUCUCAGGAUAUCCCCAAUUAUUCAACGGGUUCCCAUUGAUUCCAACUCUUCCAUUAUUUAAUACUGCUCUACCACCACACGCUACAAUUGAAUCCUUGGGACUUAUUAAUUCAGCUAUUUAUCAACAACAAGCGCAGGCGCAAUCACAAUCUCAAACUGCAUUAUCUUCACCAUCGGCAACAAUGAAUUCCACUUCAAAUUCAUCAAAACUUGAUUCAAGACCACGUGCAUUUUCAAGCGCUGCCACGUUGCAACACGCGAAACCGCAAGAUCUAAUUGAGAAGCGUCGAAAGAGAAGUCGAAAAAGUGAUACACUUUUACCAGCUGUCACUCAAUCAAUUCCAUGUUCAACUACAAGUUCACCAUCUACAACUACUGUAUCACAAAACACCCCAACCACAACUUCACAUCUCCGAUCUUUGCUAGAAGACGAUGAUGAUAUCGAUGUACCACAUCCAAACAAGGUUCGACCAAUUCAAGUUACAAAAGAGGAAGAAGAACUUGUCAGAAAGAAGACACAAGAAAGUGAGUUUAUUUUCUGAAAGGAAAAGAAAAAUUUAAUAAAUAUUUUGAAUUUCCAGUCCUCAAAACCGUACCAAUCACAGCGCCAAGUCAUUUGGACAAUGGUCCAUUGCGUCGAUUGAUUCGAGAUGAAGAUUUGCCGGAUGAGGUCGGACCGGAUUCGCCGUUCCGACAUUAUCCAAAGUAUCAGGUACACAAGUUAGUAGUUUAAUCUAUUUUUUAUGUUUAGUAAAAAAAAUAUGAAGGUAUUGGAAGAAUUCAGGCUACCGUACUUUUGAAAAACUGUGACCUGAAAACGGUUCUUGAAAAUACGAAUUUUUUUUUACAUGGCUUCAAACAAAUUAAGUUUUUUUGAUUCAUUUUGAAUAUUUGAAAUGAAAAUCAGAAUUUUUUCAGCCAAAAGCCUCCACACCCCAACCUUAUCCAAUUUCUUUAUUUUUCAGCAACAGAAAUCUCGUACACAACUUGUAAUGCUUCAAGGAAUUCAAUCGGCAGUAGCCUCUUUAUAUAUCGAAGCAUUCCAAAUUGAUAGUAAAAGUGAUGCGGAAAAGGCCGAAAUUCGUAGAAUAUCUCAUGGUAAUUCAAUAAACGAUUUAGUAAAUGAUACAGUACUUCAAGAGCUUAUAGCAGCCGAAUAG